GGCUUACCCGGUUUACCAUACUGGGGUAUUGACCAACUUUAGGGCGUUGGUCUACGGUUUAAUGAUCUACGCUGAAUAAGCACAACAAUCCAUUCACACAAUGCGGGCCUGUAGCUCUGGUCUCUGAGAUUGAACACCACAACCAGCGACGUAGCUGCGUAAAACAAGGUUCUGGGGGUAGUGUUUAUGGGGUUUGAGUGACCCUGUAGAAGUGGGGCAACAUUUCACUGACUGCCUCAAGCGGAAAGACGCCCGUCGGGUCACAGGUAGGCUGCCAGCCGACCUGGAAGUGUUUCCACCAGGUGAGUUAAGUGGUGGCAGACACAACAAGUCGACCCCGAAGGAAGUCGAUCGUCUGUCCCAGAUCAACCAUGAAGAUCCCCAAGCCUCCUAUCGACGCAAUGUUCCUCAAGUCUUCUCUAGGGAUCCUCAAAAUCUUCCAGAUGGGCUGGAGUUUGAUAGCGUUCAUCCUGUCGGACGUGCGGAGGCAGCACGAGUGGGGCCGGAUCGCGGUCCUGCAGGAGUGGGCCGCCUACGAGGCCAUGUCCGGCUUCCUGUUCUUCAGCACGCUGCUGCUCUGGGUCGUUUUUCUCGCGUCCUGGCACGAAGCAGGGCCGCUGUCGUGCGUCAACUGGUUAGGACUGGACGUCUUCCAUUCAGGUUUGGGCUGUCUCCUCAGUUUGAUAAACUUGAUACUCGCUUUCUCCAUCGCGACGCAGACUUGGUUAAACACGGCGAUUCCUAUAUUCUGUGUGAUCCUGGCCGCCCUGUGCUGUUUCAAGUUCUCGCUGUCGUCACGCCAUAGUUAUAGAAAAUGGCAUUCCCUCAGACCGACUCCAGUUAUACCCUACCAGGACUAUCAGUACUCAAGGCUAGACCAGGCAGAGGAAGAACUAUAGAUAGGUUAUGUGGACCUCAUUAGAUUUGAACGGAAUGUUGAAAUGUUAUGAUCA